AUGGCAGAUGGAGGUGAAAACGUUGGGACAAGCGAUCAGCCCCAUUCCCCAACUAAGGAAGAUCUUAGUAAACGUUUCGCUAAAUAUGAUAUAAAUAACAAGCGACUUGUAGCCUACAUCUUCAACCACGAAAAUUUCAAAAAUAACCAUCCUGAAUCUCGUGAAGGCUCAUCAAAAGAUACAGAAGCUUUUAUAGCGGCAUUAAUAAAACUUGGAUUUUCUGAACGGGAUGUCACAGUUUUUAAAGAUAAAACAGCCGAUGAAAUGCUCAAUGCUUUCAAAAAUGUUAACGAAGUUGGAACUCGUAAUCCAGUUGGUUGCUUUGUUUGUGCAAUUAUGAGCCAUGGUAGGGAAAACGAUCAGUUAUGUGCAUACGACCGCGAUGUUGGACUGUAUGAUUUGCUUUCUUGCCUGACACCCGUUAAAUGUCCAUCUUUAAGUGGAGUACCCAAAUUAAUUUUUGUUCAAGCAUGUCGUGGAGGAGAGAUUGAUGAAGGAUUCUGUGUAACUGAUGGCCCUGAAACAGAAGUGAAUGAAACGCUAUCCAAUAUUCCAAUUAUGCCUGAUCUGUUGGUUUUUCAUUCCUCCUAUAAUAAAUAUUCGUCUUUCAGGAAUAAACCGAAUGGUACGUGUUUUAUGAAAACAUUAAGUGAAGCUUUGAUUGAAUAUGGCACUGAACGUGAACUCCUGACACUUUUAACCGCUGUCUCUUACUAUGUUGCUUCUUCAGAAUUCAAAACUUAUCGCAAUCCCGAACUGGAGAAGAAACAAAUGCCUCAGAUUAUGUCGACAUUGCUCAAACAGCUAAAGUUUGAACCGAGGAGGGAAAAUGCUUCAUCAAAAGCACGUACGCGAAGCAGAAGUCCACUUGAGGAAACGGAUGGGAGUUCAAAGAAGCGCCCGCGCAAGCCGACAUUAAUACGCACAACUCCAGGAACAUACAAAUACACAUACAUAACACAGUCACAUGCACAGUAA